CUUGAAACAAUACUCACAGGGUUGGAGACAGCUGACAGUCCGAGGGCGUCCGUGAUGUCAGCUGUCGACAUGGCGCGGGGGAGAUCCUGUUUAUUUGCAAGGAUCAGUAAAGCAACGCCCCGCAGCUGAUCCUCCUGUAACUGUGAAGAAUAAAAAACUUUGUAUCUCCGAAAGCACCAGAAACAAAAGGAGUUCAACAGUGACCACCCGCCCGCUUCUAAAGUACAAAGAUGAAGAUACUGUACUGCAUCUGCAUUGUGGCCAGUCUGCUGGGAGAAGCAUGGACCACUACUAAAAGCACGACUACAACCACGGCUACAACCACUACCACAUAUCCUUUCACUCCUGAUGGUCCAGGAGAGAAUCUGAAAGGGAAGAUGGUCACUCUGACUCAGUACUCAGGGAUUACUUUUUAUCCCCAGUACUACCACUCUGCUCCUAGAACCACUGCUCCUACUACCACAACUACUGCUAAAUAUACCACUACAGCUAAAGCUACUAAUACUAAACCUACUACUACUAUACCUACUACUACUACUACUACUAAAUCUACUACUACUACUACUACUACUACUAAAGCUACUACUACUACUAAACCUACUACUACUACUAAACCUACUACUACUACUACUACACGUAGAACUACAACGACACGACCCACUCCUGCCAAAGGAGGUGUGACGGUGUGCCUGCGCUUCUUGGCAGACUCCAACUCUUUCAAUUUGUUCAAACUGGCUCCUAACUCUCCUCUGACGGUCUCGUGGAAUUUUCCAUCAUGGUACACUCUGUCCGUGAACUACUACUCCUCAGUCACUCUGAGGGCCACGAUCUCCCUCUGGUCCUCGGUCCGGACCCAGCCCUGGACCAGUGUUUGUGUGGUCCUGGACUCUUUCAAAAAUGUAGUCCAAGUCUUUGAGGGAGGAUACAUGAGCAUCAGGAAGAUCCCGCCAUCUCGAAUGGUGUGGUCGGGGGAGCCUGUGGUGGACGUGUCAGGGUUUGAUGGUCAGGUGACAGACCUGGAGGUGUGGGAUUAUCCUCUGGGAUACGCAGAGGUCUUCAGCUACAUGCAAAACUACAGGUCUAGUGGGACAGUUUUGACCUGGUCCAAGAUCGCAUACAGCUACAGAGGGAGCAUCCUGUUUGAGGACAACUACUCCGGACAACAGAGGCAACCAAUCAACAGGAGUGACAGACAAGAGCAGCCAAUCAAAAUAGAGAAUGAGCGGAGCCAAAGACUUAAAUACAGGAAGAUGUUUGGUGCAAAGAAACAGAGCAGAAGACAGAUGUUCUGAACCAUUAUAAAAUAGAGGUCAAAUAUAUAAGUCUCAAAUUUAAAAUAUUAUCUUUUAGUGUUAUUGAUUUGUGUUAGAAAACAUUGAUCUCCAGUGUGUAACAAAUUUGCAUAUAUUUUAAUCAUACAAUUCAUCGUGUUUUUAACUUCUAAAUAAAAAAAUACAACUGUUCAUUUA